AUGGGAGCAAUGUCACCAGCUACGAUUACGCUUAUUCCGGCACGACUCACGUUCCUCGCGCAUCCCGGAAUAAAGGUUUCUAGCAUCUUCCAUUUCCGUUCUCCUCUUCCGCGUUCUAUCUCCGCGAUGGCCACUCCGCAAGAAUCCUCUUCUACCAAAACGGAGAGGGUGGUGAUAAAGGGAAGGGUGCAGGGAGUGUUUUACCGGAACUGGACGAUUGAAAAUGCGACGCAGUUAGGGUUGAAGGGGUGGGUGCGCAACCGGAAGGACGGGUCUGUGGAGGCUCUGUUCUCCGGGAGUGUUGAUGCGGUGCAGGAAAUGGAGCAGAGGUGUCGACGUGGCCCCCCCGAUGCGCUUGUCACGGGGUUUCAGGUUUUCCCCUCCGAUGAUGACCCUGGCACUGGAUUUCACCGCAAACCAACGCUUUGA